UUGGUGGUGCGAAGUGGUAAGAAUGAAGGAACAUUUUUGAAAGGAGGUAUUUUCAGAGCGGAAGCAUUCUGUGCGAAUUGCCGUGAACUGCUUUGCGGGUUGUGUGUAGUCGCUCAUCAGAGAGUUCGCGUCACACGCGAUCAUGUCGUCAUAUCUCUGCAACAGCUCCUCAAUCACAUGACUGCAAAUGCGUUUGGUGCAGGAGAGAAUGGUGUCCUUGGUGGAUCAUCAGAUUCUUCGCCAAGACCGUCUUCAGUGUGUUCAACGCAUGAUGCGAAGGUGUUCUGUUCGUGUGAGACUUGUGGUAGGGUGACACUGUGUGCUCACUGUAUCUCACGUCAUUCAGCCCAUCACAUCGUUCCUUUAGGUGAUGUGAGAGCAUGUGUGGUCUCGAUGCUUGCGGAAUCACGCCGUAACGAACGCAGUAUUGAAGAAGCUGUCGAGAGUGUGCGCACGAUGUCUGAACGGGUCGACGCCAGUGUGCAGGCAGCAGCAUCUGAACUACGGUCGCUAAUACACUUACAUAUGAGUGCUUUGGAGGAAAGGAAGAGAGAAUUGUUGCAGAGAGUUGAUACUAUCAGACAAUCUAAAA